UCACCAUCGGUUGGGGGCUUUCUGCUUUAGGAAAGUUCGUCUUGCAUCAGUGUUCUCGGGGUUUUGACAGCGUAUAGUGUGUUUGGAACGCUAAGUGUUAUUCUUCAUUUCUUUAUUCCCUCCUCUAAGUAAAACAAAAACACAGACACCAUGGACGCCAUCAAGAAGAAGAUGCAAGCGAUGAAGCUUGAGAAAGAUAACGCCGUUGAUAAGGCCGAUACCUGUGAAAAUCAAGCGAAGGAUGCCAAUGCCCGCGCCGACAAAUUGCAAGAGGAAUUGCGCGAUUUGGAGAAGAAAUUGGUACAAGUGGAAGUUGACUUGGUCACCUCCAAGGAGCAAUUGGAAAAGGCCAACCGGGAAUUGGAAGAGAAGGAGAAACAAUUGACCACCACUGAAUCUGAGGUGGCCACCUUGAACCGUAAGGUACAACAGAUUGAGGAAGAUUUGGAGAAAUCCGAGGAACGCUCCACCAGUGCCCAACAGAAAUUGCUGGAAGCCACACAAGCCGCUGAUGAGAACAACCGUAUGUGCAAAGUAUUGGAGAACCGUUCACAGCAGGAUGAGGAACGUAUGGACCAACUGACCAACCAAUUGAAGGAAGCCCGUAUGUUGGCUGAGGAUGCUGAUACCAAGUCCGAUGAAGUAUCACGUAAGCUGGCCUUCGUUGAAGACGAGUUGGAAGUGGCUGAAGAUCGUGUCAGGUCCGGUGAAGCCAAGAUUAUGGAACUUGAAGAAGAAUUGAAGGUUGUGGGUAACUCGUUGAAAUCCUUGGAAGUGUCCGAGGAGAAGGCCAACCAACGUGUUGAGGAGUUCAAGCGUGAAAUGAAGACUCUGUCCGUGAAAUUGAAGGAAGCCGAACAGCGCGCCGAACACGCUGAGAAGCAAGUGAAGCGUCUGCAAAAGGAAGUCGACAGGCUAGAAGACGAAUUGGGCGUCAACAAGGACAGAUUCAAGUCGCUCGCCGACGAGAUGGACUCCACAUUCGCCGAAUUGGCUGGUUAUUAAAUUGUUUGCGGCGAAAUGUAAAGACAGCGGUGCUUUUCUAGCAAAAAGUACUAGAAAAGUUUGCUCACGCAGUCUUCGCUAUGGAGUCAAUGCAAUUGCAACAACAACUGCAAAAUAUUAUAACAAUCUGUAAAUUCGAAAAAAAAUUGUAUAAAUGUUAAAAACACCAACAACAUAAUGAAGAUGGAAAAAUUAUUAACGACAACAACAGCAAUAACAACACCUUAAAUUGCUUUUUCAUUUUUCUAGUAAAAAAAUGCAUUAAUGCAAUGCAAAGUCGAUGAAACAUACGCGCUUUGAAUUAAUAUUUUAUUAAAUAAAUUUUAAAAACCA